AUUAAUAUACAUUUCUCACUAUUUGAACCAAAAAUAAUCAAAAGAGGGAGAAUUUUCGGAGAUUUUGCGGCACAGACAACAAGUGUCUGAAAAGUUUGGGAUAACAAUAAGCUCAAAAUGUUGUGAUGAUCACAAAAGCACUGAGUCAUUAAUUAAUUAAUGGACCAUGCUAGGGCACAACCACAUGGGUGUCGCACAAACAAUUAUCGUCUGUGUUUGUCUGUGCGAAGCAUGGGUGCACCCAUGAUAAAAAAAUGGUGGGGGCGGAGGGGCCGUCGGGUUGCGAGUCAGGAGGGACAACACACGGGGCAUGCACUAACGACGGCGAGCGGGGAUUGUGCGACACGCUAUGCAGGGCCCUACCGGAAGGUCACUUUAAGGGCGGCCAGUGCUCCGACGGCCUUUGCGUCUGCGUAUGCUUAUCUUAAUUAAUUAUUAAUUCCUACCUUAAUUGAGAUGGUUGAUGUGAAUACAUUUGUUUGUUUCAAUGGAGUACUAAUUAUUGUUGUAAACUAGUAUUUGUACCCGCGCCACGCACGGGUUCAGACAAAAAUAUUUUCGAUUCUACAAUGUGGAUUUGGAUUUUUCUUUGGUAUAUUAUUUAAAGGUCAAUAUGAAUGAUCUAGAUUUGAUAUAAUUCUACAAAUCUAUAACCUU